AUGUGUCCGGUGAGUAAUUUUCUUGGUGCAUUCCCACAAAUUUCUCCUCCAUUUACUCUCAAUGCGACAGCUCAUUUUUGCCCAGGGGACAUUACCCUAUGCAACCCACUCUUAUACCUCCCUUUCCCAUUCUUCUUUUCUGUAUUUCCAACAACCUUCGGCAGAGAGACAGAGAGAGAGAGAGAGAGAGAGAAGAAGAAGAAGAACCAGCCAUCACCACCUCUUCCAUUCUCCUCCCAAUCGGACACCACCACCACCUUCGGAGCACCCGAACCACCACCACCAGCCGGGUCACCAUCACCACCGCGGCCCACCUCCUCACGGCCGAGCGCCACCAGUCAGCACCACCUGGUACCACCCGAAGCUUACCUCACCGCUGUAGCUCCGUUCCCCGAACCUCUUGCAUUUCCGCCAGACACCAUCACCUCCUGCCGUGCUCAACAUCACCAUCCGACUGAGCUCCGCCACCAUCGCCAAAAUCUCUCCAAAACCCGUUCCGCCGGACGAGAGGUACCAAAGAUGGAACAAAAGUGUCGUACGAUUCGGAAGAGUUCAAUCCUAUCGAGGAAGAAGCUGAAAACCUUGGUUUCCGUGCGCAUAGUCACUCUGAUUAAUUUAAGUCGAUUUUAUUUUGGAAGCUUCUAAGUUUAUUUGAAAAUUGUAAUAUGUUGAUUUAUUCAAAACGGUUGUGAUAUAAUGACAUUUGCUUUUGAGAUGGUGACGCAGUAAAUCUUUGAAUUUCUUUUGUGGAAA